AUGAACAACAAUGGUUGGAUUCUAAAUGAAAAUAAAUUAAAAUGUUUUAUGGAUGCGAGGAAAGGAAAAUCUGAAAAUGAGUGGGUGGAAAUGGGUGAAGAAGCAAGCGACGUGAGUUUUUCAUUAAAAUGGAACGAAAGCAUCGAGGGCAUCUCUUUAAAUGAUAAGUCCUGGCAAGCAAUUAAAGAAGUUGCAUCAGAGAAAAUCCAUCUUAAAAUAGUUUGA